AUGGCAGCCGCCGACAUCCGCCUCUCCGUCGCCCACCAGACGCGCUUUGCACUCCGCCUCGCCUCCGCCAUCUCCUCGCCCUCCAACGCCGACGGUGCCGCCGGCAACGCAGCCUUCUCCCCGCUCUCUCUCCACGUCGCGCUCAGCCUCGUCGCCGCCGGCGCGGGCGGUGCCACCCGCGAUCAGCUGGCCGCUACACUCGGUGCCGAAGGGCCCGGCGAGGCGGAGAGCCUCCACGCGCUCGCCCAGCAGGUGGUGCAGCUGGUGCUCGCCGACGCAUCGGUCGAGGGCGGUCCGCGCGUCGCGUUCGCUAACGGCGUCUUCGUCGACACGUCGACGCCGCUCAGGUCGUCCUUCAAGGAGGUCGCCGUUGGGAAGUACAAGGCCGAGACCCACUCCGUCGACUUCCAAACUAAGGCUGCUGAAGUUGCGUGUCAAGUGAACACAUGGGUAGAGAAACUCACAUCAGGUCUCAUCAAAGAGAUCCUACCGGAUGGAUCUGUCGACAGCACCACUAGACUUGUUCUUGGCAAUGCCCUUUAUUUCAAAGGAGCAUGGACAGAGGAGUUUGAUGCAUCCAAGACCAAAGACGGCGAGUUCCACCUUCUUGACGGGAGCUCAGUACAAGCAUCAUUCAUGUCUAGCACAAACGAGCAGUAUCUUUCGUCUCACGACAACUUGAAAGUACUCAAGCUUCCUUACCGGCAAGGCGGGGACAUGAGGCAAUUUUCCAUGUACAUACUUCUCCCAGAAGCAAAUGACGGUCUUUGGAACUUGGCCGGAAAGGUGAGCUCGGAACCAGAGUUCCUAGAGAAGCAUACCCCAACUGAGAAGGUCCUAGUCAGAAAUUUCAAGCUUCCCAAGUUCAAGAUUUCGUUUGGAUUCGAAGCUUCCAGUUUGCUCAAAGGUUUGGGACUGCAUCUCCCAUUUAGCUGUGAAGCCGAUCUUUCGGAGAUGGUGGAUUCAGCAGCGGAGCAGAAUUUGUACAUCUCCUCAGUUUUCCACAAGUCCUUUGUUGAAGUGAAUGAAGAAGGAACAGAGGCUGCAGCCGCAACGGCUGCAGUGGUUAUGCUAAUGUCACUGCCAUUAGACCCGCCAAUGGAGAUGGAUUUUGUCGCAGAUCACCCAUUCCUGUUCGUGAUCCGAGAAGAUUUGACUGGUGUGGUGUUGUUUGUUGGCCAUGUGGUCAAUCCUUUACUUGCAGCAUAG